AUGACAGAGGAAAAUUAUGGUGAAAGAGCAGAAGAGUUCUCUCACAGUACCUGGCUCCGAACACAGUCAAAGGGGCAUGAUGACAUGAUAGGAGACAGCUUUGCUGCUGGAGAACAAAUGACGUCACUGUCAUCUUGUAUGAGUGGUGCAUUUAAGGCUUUGUUACCAGAUUACCAUGGAACUUCUUCAGCAAUGUCAGCAAACUCUGAUAAAUAUUCAUAUUCUCCUGAUAAUCAUUGUCUCAUCAAACCUGGCACUGCAGUGGACAAAAAGUCAGCAGUGGAAAGUGAUUUUUUGAAAGACCCUUUGGGUGAAGCAUCAGCUAGUGUCACACAUAUACUUCCUCUCAGGUGUGCCCAAUAUGUGAGACAUGAAAAGAACCGAGAAUUGGACCAGGGAAAUGCCUCAGUGGGCAGUCAAAACACAGCUGUGGUUAAAUGUGAAAACAUAGAACUGCGGAUCCCAACAGAAGAAAGGAUCUCUGAGAGCAGUCUAUCUGUGCCAGGAAAAAAUGAAACUAAUGAUUUUCAGGAGACAUCUAUUGGCACAAAAAAUGCUAAACUCAGUCUAAAGGUGGAAACAAAAUUUGCCCCUGAAAUUCAGAACUCCUCUUCAGGAUCAGAGACAGUUCCAAAUCUACCUGUUUUACCCCACAUAAUUCACACGGAUUAUAAAUGUAAAGACUCCCAGAUUGAACCAUCCGAAAGCGGCAAAUUAAAUGAGCUUUGUUUUCAAGAGAACAAUUCAAAAAACGUGACACUCACACUUCCCUCAACUUCAGCAUUUACUGAAAGAACUCGAGAUGAAUGUGAUAUCCACGUCCAACAGAAACAAACCCAAACUAGUCUAAGUACGGUUCUUCUGCCUUUUAACGAAAAUUUUAAAAACUCUGAAAGAAGUGAAAAGGUAUUUCUCAACAUUAAUUCAGAAAGCAGUAUUCCUCCAUUUACUGAGAAUAUUCAGGAAGCUCCACCUUCUCCCACAUCAAGGACUGACUGCUCCUCUCAGCAUAACCUACAGAAAGCAUCGCAAAGGCAUAAGAAAGCAAGAAAAAGAGAAAAAUCUGAGCUUGAAGCAUUAAGUGGACCAAUUCACAAAUCUAAUAAAAGAGAUAACUCUUCUGUGUAUGGAUCAGAAAUAUUAGAGAGUGUUGACAAACUAGACACAGCAAGAUAUGAGGAAACAAAUCAAAAUGUUUCAUUGGCUGAUAAUGACAGCACUGCACCGAAAGAGGAGGACUUAAUUACAAAUGGUGAUGUAAACCCACCUACACCUAGGAAAAAAUGUCGAAUGGCACAACUUGAGCUAGUGGCAGAUACAGCAGAGACCCCACAAAAAACAGAUCAUAGCUGCUCUGAAGCCUCACAGGAAGAAGUACCAUCAAACUCUAGGAUCAACAGGAAGGCUAUUUCUAGAAAGAAACUGAAGAAAAAAACAAGGUUAAAGGCAAAAAACUCUGCUACCCUUAGUUUGUCUCAAAGCACUGUAUUGUCCCCAGAAGAAGACUGUACAUCACAUUUUCAGGUCAGUGACACCACUCCGAUGAAAGGAGUCAGUAAUCCAACAGUAACCCAACAAUCCAGUCCAGAAAAAUUACAAAAAUCCAGAAAAAAGGCUACAAAGCAAACACUACAAAGCAAAGAUGAUCUGUAUAAAGAUGCUCCCACAACAUUUUCAGAACCCAAGGAAGACUUCGUGGACGUCAAAAGGCAUCAGAAAAUGAGAAGAUUUCCUAUAAAAGCUUCUAAAGGAAAGCAUAAGAAUGCAACUCGUUUUCUGAAUAGACAGUCUUCACUAGAGCCUCAAACUGAUUCUGUUUCAACCUCUGUGACUGAAUCUUCAAACAUUGUAUGCCCUCAGAAUAGCCCAAAUAAAUCAAAGCAGAAGAAAAGAGCAUAUAUCCACAAAGCAGCAAAAACACCCAAUGUGUGCCCACAAGAGGAUAUGGAAAACGUGAUGACUUCAAAAACAAAAAUUGUGAAAGCAAAAAGACCUCUGAAAAAGGCAGCUAGAAAAGAUAACAAUGAAACUACUCUUUUGGACACCCAGUCUUCUAUAGCCACUGUUAAGCAAAUGGAUUCUGUUUCAAAUGUAGGAAAUGAAGUUGAGUCUCCUGUUAUUCUCAGCACACCAAGAAAGUCACAGAAAAAGAAAUUGUCAGAUAUGUGUGUUUUGAAUCCACUCUCAGAAACUGAUGUCAGCAUUGUGCAACCAACUACAAAAAGAUUCAGAACAAAAAAAACACUUGACAAAAAAGUUUCUCAUAACACAGUCGGUGAGAACUGUGAACCUGCUCAUUUGGCUCUUUCCUCAGUUGAUUCUGUGUAUGCUACAGAAACUGACUAUUCAGGUAUCAGCCAACAGAGCACUGAAAAGACAUCAAAUAAGAGGAGAAAGACAGACAUCAAGUUUAUAGAGGCACAAACAUCCACUACUAGUCAACAGGACGACGUCACUUUACCGCCCUCAGAAGAUUUUUCAUCUAUUGUGGUUUCAAAUCCAAAAGAGACUGUGAAAGUCAAAGGAAUUUCUAGAAACAAAACCAAUGACAACCUCUUAAAUGCGAUAGUUUUGGUUCUGUAA